GCGGGACUGCAGGAACUAUACCUGCAACUCCUACCAACGAAAGUCUACCACCAGAAAAAGACAGGGACUCACAUGAGUGAGGAUGUGAAGUGCCGCAUGUGUGGUAAGGCCACUGAAGCGCAAGUGCACAUGCUAGCAGGUUGUGGAGCUCUAGCCGAGUCUAAAUACAUGACUCGGCAUAAUGCAGCACUUAAGGUAAUUUUCUACAAACUCUUGAAAGACCUAGACUUAGUGACAACAGUACCACCGUGGUACUCUCAGAACACACCGAAGCCACUUUAUGAGAACAAGAGAAGAAAGGCACUCUGGGACAUACCACCAUAUGCAGAACACGCAGAGGUGAGAAACAACAGGAUAGACUGUACGGUUAUAGACAAGGAGAGAAAGAAAGUAGUGUUACUUGAAAUGAGCUGUCCAUGGUUCAGUAAUACAGAGAUCAAAUGUGCAGAGAAGACGAACAAGUACGCCCCACUGCAGUGCGAAUUAAGGAGAUACCCAGAGUACAAGAUUGAGCAGCAUAACAUCAUAAUAGACACACUUGGAGGGAGCUCGUUAAGGGUCAAGGAAAGCAUACGCCAACUGAUUGGAAGUGGCCGAUGUCAUUCAGUGCUAAGGAACAUGUAGAAAGCUGUAGUCUCUAGCUCCCUUAACAUUGCCAGGACUUUCAAGGUCCUAUUGGACUAAGUUCUUCCAACGACGUUAGU